GAAAAACUGAAAGUGGAAAUAAAGUGAGCUGAAGCGAUGUAUGACAGCUGUCCCGUGUGUCUGGGCAGGCUUCGUCGGCAGGUGAAGACGCCAUGCAAGCACACAUUCUGCAAGAACUGUCUAUGCAAUGUCUACAAACUCAGCCCCGCCAAAACCUGCCCCCUGUGCCGGGCCCCAUUGGAGUACUACAUCAGCAAGAGGAACAGCACAAUCAAACUGGUCUUCUUUUCAUAGAGUCCAUCGUUAAAUUUAAAUUGUAAUGAAUUUUGCUUUCUUUGUUACUUGUUUAAAUUAUUUCAUUUUGUUUAAUUUUAUAUAAAUUUAAAUCGAAAGUCAACAGCUUAGCUUAUGCAAUGCAAUGCCAUUAACUCGCACGUGCCCCAAAAUCAGUGAAAUUACGAUCAAAUCGCUUGACUGGGAGCUUCAGGGUCUUAUUCAGCCAAGUACAACAAUCGAUUGGAGACUAGUCCUCGUCCUCUUCCAUUUUUCCGCUUUCCACACUCAAAUAUUCCAUACACAUAUUGCAAUAUUGAAUGCUCUGCCUGCGGCACUACAAGGAGCAGGGACAUGACGCGGAAUAAGCAGAGGGAUACGACGUCCCCUUUGAGCCUAGGAUAUAUAUGAUGAU